AUGGCACUUGUGAGAGACCCAUUCUUCUGGAAACGCUUCUCAACAGCAGUCCACAUGGACGAAGAAGCCAAAGCUGUCGACCAAGGAACACAAACCGCACCAGUCUCAGCAUCAUGGCUAUCCCGCGAACGACGAAAGCGCAAGAGAUCUAUCAUCUGUGGCUUCGUGAUCUUCUUCGCCAUUGUCUUUGCUGUCGCCGCUGGAGUGAUCAUCUGGUGGCUUGCUAAGAACAAUUGGCUCCAACCUGGACCUGAUGAGACUCCCUGA